GGGCUCGCGAGGGGCCGGGUGGCCUGCGGGGAGCGAGGGUUGGUUUCAGGGGUCCGGGCCGCGUUCCGGGCAGAGCCCCGCUAGGGCGGGCUCGCCCGUGCCUGUGCCGCUCCCAGCUCCCGCCGCCUUGGCCGGGGCGGCCCGACUUCAUUCAUUCCCGACCCGGGAGCUCCGAGCUCGGCCCCCUCGGAGCCACGGCCCACAUCCCAGCCCGACGCCCAUCGCCUCCUCCCCUCCAUUUUGCAGACUGGGAAAACCGAGGAGGCGACAUCCGACCGAGGUGCGAUGGCAGAGAAGGUGCUGGUGACAGGCGGCGCUGGCUACAUCGGCAGCCACACGGUGCUGGAACUGCUGGAGGCCGGCUAUUUGCCUGUAGUCAUUGACAAUUUCCAUAAUGCCAUCCGUGGAAGGGACUCCAUGCCUGAGAGCCUACAGCGGGUUCAGGAGCUGACAGGCCGCUCUGUGGAGUUUGAGGAGAUGGACAUCUUGGACCAGGCAGCCCUACAGCGUCUCUUCAAGAAGCAUCACUUUAUGGCAGUCAUCCACUUUGCGGGUCUCAAGGCCGUGGGAGAGUCCGUGCAGAAGCCUCUGGAUUAUUACAGAGUUAACCUGACAGGAACCAUUCAGCUUCUGGAGAUCAUGAGGGCCCACGGGGUGAAGAACCUGGUGUUCAGCAGCUCGGCUACCGUGUACGGGAAUCCCCAGUACCUGCCCCUGGAUGAGGCCCACCCCACAGGUGGCUGUACCAACCCCUAUGGCAAGUCCAAGUUCUUCAUCGAGGAAAUGAUCCGGGACCUGUGCCGGGCAGACAAGACCUGGAACGCAGUGCUGCUGCGGUAUUUCAACCCCAUAGGCGCCCAUGCCUCGGGCUGCAUCGGUGAAGAUCCCCAGGGCAUCCCCAACAACCUCAUGCCCUAUGUCUCCCAGGUGGCAAUUGGGCGACGGGAGGCACUGAAUGUCUUUGGCAAUGACUAUGACACAGAGGAUGGCACAGGUGUCCGGGAUUACAUCCAUGUCGUGGAUCUGGCCAAGGGCCACAUCGCGGCCUUGAGGAAGCUGAAGGAGCAGUGUGGCUGUCGGAUCUAUAACCUGGGCACGGGCACGGGCUAUUCGGUGCUACAGAUGGUCCAGGCCAUGGAAAAGGCUUCCGGGCAGAAGAUCCCAUACAAGGUGGUGGCACGGCGGGAAGGCGACGUGGCUGCCUGUUAUGCCAACCCCAGCCUGGCCCUCAAGGAGCUGGGCUGGACAGCGGCCUUAGGGCUGGACCGGAUGUGUGAAGAUCUGUGGCGCUGGCAGAAGCAGAAUCCUUCCGGCUUUGGGGCACAGGCCUGAGACCUUCUCCUGCCACGCACCAGUGAAGGAAAGAAACACCUGCUUGUUCUCCAGCCUCCAGUGGGAACCCAGGGCCUCAGCCUCCCCUACCUCAAACCCCAGACGGGCCUGCUCAGCCCACCAGGCGGGGGGCCAAGGGUUCCACUGACCAGGAGUUGGGGGUCUCUCUUUUCCACGAACCCAUCAGGACCACCAGAAGCAAAUGUGGGAACGAGGGCCCUGACACAGGAACUAAUUUAUACUGCUCUGAAAGAGAUUUCUAAAGUAUUUAAAAUAAAAGUUUUCUAACACUG